AUGGGGUUCGACAAGGAGGCGAGCUCCUCGUCCUCGCGGCUCGACGCGGCGCCGCUGCUCCCGCAGCACGGGCUGCACGGCGGCGGCGCGGGCGGGCACCUGUCAUCGCAGCCUAAGACGUUCGCAAACGUCUUCAUCGCCGUCGUCGGCUCGGGUGUGCUGGGCCUCCCCUACACCUUCUCCCGCACGGGCUGGGCGGCGGGGACGCUGCUCCUCCUCGCCGUCGCCGCGCUCACCUUCCACUGCAUGAUGCUCCUCGUCGCCGCGCGCCGCCGGAUCGCGGGCGAGCACCCCAAGAUCGCCUCUUUCGGGGACCUGGGCCACGCCAUCUACGGCGCGCCCGGGCGCCACGCGGUCGACGCCAUGCUCGUGCUCAGUCAGGCCAGCUUCUGCGUCGGCUACCUAAUCUUCAUCUCCAACACCAUGGCGCACCUCUACCCCAUCGGGGCCGAGUCCCCGGCGUCCCCGCUCCUCACGGCCAAGGCGCUCUUCAUCUGGGCCAUGCUGCCGUUCCAGCUCGGACUCAACUCUAUCAAGACGCUCACGCUCCUCGCGCCUCUCAGCAUCUUCGCCGACGUCGUUGACCUCGGCGCCAUGGGCGUCGUCUUGGGCCAGGACGCCUCCAUCUGGCUCGCCAACAAGCCCCCCGUGUUCGCUUUCGCUGGCCCCGCCGAGCUCCUCUACGGCCUCGGCGUCGCUGUCUACGCCUUCGAGGGAAUCGGCAUGGUCCUGCCGCUGGAGGCAGAGGCCGCGGACAAGCGCAGAUUCGGCGCCACGCUCGCGCUGUCCAUGGCGUUCAUCGCCGUCAUGUACGGGCUGUUCGGCGCCAUGGGCUACCUCGCGUUCGGCGCCGCCACACGGGACAUCAUCACCACCAACCUCGGCACGGGCUGGCUCUCGGUCCUCGUGCAGCUCGGACUCUGCAUCAACCUCUUCUUCACCAUGCCGGUGAUGAUGAAUCCGGUGUACGAGGUCGCCGAGCGCCUGCUCUGCGGCAAGCGCUACGCCUGGUGGCUGCGCUGGAUCCUCGUCGUGGUCGUCGGGCUCCUGGCGAUGCUCGUGCCCAACUUCGCCGACUUCCUCUCGCUCGUCGGCAGCAGCGUCUGCGUCGUGCUCGGGUUCGUGCUGCCCGCCGCGUUCCACCUCAAGGUCUUCGGCGCCGAGAUUGGGUGGACCGGGCUCGUCGCCGACGUGGCCGUCAUCGUAAUCGGGACUGCGCUCGCGGUGUCCGGGACAUGGACGUCACUCGUACAAAUCUUCAGUUCUUCCAACCUGUAA